AUGCUUUACGACCCAGGUGAAUUAUUGAGGAAUAACUUUAACUUAAACAGUACAACACAAGAGCGUUCUAGUAAUGGAAUUAGAUUCGAAGGUGAAAAUGAUUCAGACUUUGUUAGUUUUGACCGCAACGAAGAACUGCCAUUUAGAAAAGUUAAAUUUCCACCGGAAAAUACUGCUAACUCCCAAGUAUUCAAACAGGAUAAUGAUGACCAAGGCUAUAGACCGAUAUUUGAAGAUAAUGGUGCUUCUGAAGGUCACCAGAAGCGGAGGAAGAGAAGACGUAAGCCAAGACUUCAAAGGCCAGAAGGAAUUAGUCCAGAGUAUGUUGAUCCAUAUGCGCCAAAUUUUCCUCAGAUAUCUUAUGGGGCUCGCCCGUUGUACAAUACUGGAUUUCCUGGACCUAUAUACAGACCACCGACACGCCCUAGACCAUCAUUAGCUUCGGAAGCCCUAUCGUCCGUCACUGAAGCCCUAACAUCGAUAGCACUGUAUGAUGACAGGCAAUGUGUAGCACGUCUUCUCUGUGAAGCAGCAAGCGGUGGAGCCCUAGGGUCUUCGCAAACUUUGCAAUCAGUCACCGGGUUACAACCACUUCUUACAUUACUGUCAGCAUAUAGCGGCAUUAGCUCCAAUCCACUGUUUGUCUUUGGCCGAGCAGCUUUGCUUGGAAUGUCAUCGAAGAACAAUCCUGCUUCCUGUCGUUAUGCAUAUUCACUAUGUCCAACAGAUCCCGAACAAUUAGUUUACUACCUUAAUAACCAUAACGGAGGUUUCUUCAGAUUUUUUAACGCUCCUCAUCGAGAACCACAAAAUAUCAACCAACUGUAUAAUCACCUUUCACAAAACUAUCAAAGUUAUCAACAAGUUCAUUCAUAUCCGCAAAAUAUUGGACUUUCCAAUGAUAUCAAUCAAAAUUAUCAACAAAAUCUAAUUCAAGAUUAUAAUUUACAAAACGCUAACUACAUCUAUAACUAUGGAAGGUAUGGGGUUAUUAAUCCAAAUAGACAAAAUAAAUAUGGCCUUAUAAAUAACAUAAAGUUCAAAAAUACAAACAAGCUUGCUCAUGACACGAACAAAAUUGAAAAGCGAAUUCAAAACAGACCAGAAAAGGUCUUAGAAGAUUUGGAUGACGAUAUAAGUUUUGGAAACGUCAAUGAUUAUAGCACAAAAUGGUCUUUUCCAGAACCAAGCAAUAACAUUAUUAAGAUUAAUGAUGUAAAAGUCGGGAAACAUUUUAAAUUCCCAGAAAUCUCUCACAACGAUAACAUCAGAGUCGAAGAUUCUGUAAGAAAUCCAAGAGGAUUCGUAUUCCCCAAUGCUCUAAGCAAUCAGUACAUAGACUAUAACAAAUAUCAAACCACAAUUCCAUUGUUUGAUCAUAACUACAACUACAAUAAUAACAAUAAUCUGUAUUUCGAUAAUUACAAAGGAUAUAACGAUAAUUACGAUGAAUACGAUAAAGACCAAUCUAUUCGCACAGUUUACGUUGUCAGAGGUAAUGGGGAUCCGAACCAUCCGGAAAUUAUUAGGCUGAGGCCAGGACAAACGGUUUACUAG